AUGCAGAUGUCUCCAGUCUUUGCCUGCCUUGCCCUGGGCCUGGCCCUUGUCUUUGGUGAAGCAUCAGCCUCCUAUUCCUACCAAACUCGGGCAGCGGGACUGGCCACAGACUUCGGAGUGAAGGUGUUUCAGGAGGUGGCACGGGCCUCCAAGGACCGCAACAUGGUUUUCUCUCCCUAUGGGGUGGCCUCAGUCCUGGCCAUGUUGCAGCUGACAACAGCAGGAGAGACUUGUCGGCAGAUCCAAGAGGCCAUGCAAUUCCAGAUUGAUGAGAAGGGCAUGGCCCCUGCCCUCCGCCAACUAUAUAAGGAGCUCAUGGGGCCGUGGAACAAGGAUGAGAUCAGCACUGCCGAUGCCAUCUUCGUCCAGCGGGAUCUGAAGCUGGUUCACGGCUUCAUGCCCCACUUCUUCAGGCUGUUCCGGACCACAGUCAAACAGGUGGACUUUUCAGAGGUGGAGAGAGCCAGGUUCAUCGUCAACGACUGGGUGAAGAGACACACAAAAGGCAUGAUUGGCAACUUACUGGGCAGAGGGGCCGUGGACCAGCUGACGCGUCUGAUGCUGGUAAAUGCCCUCUACUUCAACGGCCAGUGGAAGACGCCCUUCCCGGAGUCAGGCACCCACCACCGCCUCUUCCACAAAUCUGACGGUAGCACUGUCUCUGUGCCCAUGAUGGCUCAGACCAACAAGUUCAACUACACCGAGUUUUCUACCCCCAGCGGCCAUUACUAUGACAUCCUGGAAUUGCCCUACCAUGGGGACACUCUCAGCAUGUUCAUCGCCGCUCCCUAUGAAAAAGAGGUGCCUCUCUCUGCCCUCACCAACAUCCUGGAUGCCCAGCUCAUCAGCCAGUGGAAAGGGAAUAUGACCAGGCAGCUCCGCCUCCUGGUUCUGCCUAAGUUCUCCCUGGAGACCGAAGUCAACCUGCGGAGGCCGCUGGAGAAUUUGGGCAUGACCGACAUGUUUAGGCCAAACCUGGCGGACUUCUCAAGUCUUUCAAAUCAAGAGGUGCUGUAUGUGUCGCGGGCGCUGCAAAAAGUAAAGAUUGAAGUGAAUGAGAGUGGCACAGUGGCGUCCUCCUCUACUGCCAUUAUCGUCUCAGCCCGAAUGGCCCCGGAGGAGAUCAUCAUGGACAGACCCUUCCUUUUUGUGGUGCGGCACAACCCCACAGGAACAGUCCUUUUCAUGGGCCAAGUGAUGGAACCCUGACCAUGAGAAGAGCAGCCUUCAUCUGGGACAACACUGGAGAUGUAUCCGAGAAGAAGGAGCAACAAAGAGAACAUUUUUUAUUUUAAUUAAUUUUUCUGGAGAAAAAGAAGGCAUUUGCCUUUUAAAGGAAAAAAAAAAAAAGGUAAAUCUUCUGAAUCUGCCUCCCAGACCUCAGCCUCUCCCAGGAGCAGGGAAGAGGACUUUGCCAUAAACCUCCCUGUGGAGCCCCCAGGAGAGACCUCCGGAGCUCAGCUGGGUCUCCACGCCAGACCAUAAAACUCAUACAACCACUUGUGCAGCUGCUUCUGCCUAUUGCUCUGCCCAUUCGGGUCUUCAGACUUGGACCCCACUGAGACCCUGGCAGGAUGGCACCACAAGGCUUCUGGGAGCUUUUGU